AUGUCAAAUAGUGAGAGUCAUGCUGAUUCUGACAACGAAGAGUUUGACUGUGAUAGUCGUAGGAUACCACUGGAACAUUUACCUAUGUUCCAGCGUUUGGCAUCAGUUAAUGGCAAAAUAAAUCGCAUGAAAAAACGUCAACUGUUAGAUACAAUGAGAAAUAAAAUGCUCAAUACUGAUGGUGAAAUAGAUGUUUUGAAAAAACGUUUAAAAAACCACUAUAGAAUGCAAGCAUUGAUCAAAGCCAAAAUCUGUGAAUCCGAGGCAACUUAUUUUCCGUAUUUUGUUGUCAUUGAUAUUGAAGCAACAUGUACAGAAAGUAAUCCUGCUGAUUACAAGUUUGAAAUCAUAGAAUUUCCAGCUGUAUUGGUCGAUGCUAAAAAACGGAAAAUAAUAGAUCAUUUUCAAGCAUUUGUAAAACCAUCAAUCAAUCCAAAGUUAUCCGAUUUUUGCAUUAAAUUAACUGGCAUAACUCAAGAUAAAAUUGAUAAUGCUGAUUCAUUUGAAGUAUGUUUGACACGAUUUACUAAAUGGUUAGAAGAACAUGAACUUGGAAUUAAACACAAAUUUUCUAUUGUCACUGAUGGCCCAUUUGAUAUGGCUCGGUUUCUUUAUGGACAAUGUAUAAUGUCGGAAAUUCCAUAUCCAAAAUUUGCUACUAAAUGGAUUAAUAUAAGAAAAGUAUUUAAAGCUUUUUAUUUUACAAAACAAGUCAAGCAUUCAGUUCCUUGCAAUCUGAAUGCAAUGUUAACCUUUUUGGAUAUGCAAUUUGAAGGCAACCCUCAUAGUGGCCUAGAUGAUUCAUUUAAUAUAUCCAGGAUAUGUUUACGAUUACUCGAAGAUGGAGCUUUUAUAGAUCAAAAUGAACGAAUUAUUUCGCUUAAAACCCCAACACCUUAUGGAAAAGAUGAUCCAUUGCCAGUAAGACCUGUGCACAAUAUAUUUUGUGAUGGAAUGCAUAGUCAUAACCAUAGGUGGUUUGUUACACGAUUGAAGAGUUUAGAUUUAAAUAAUGGUGUUUAA